GCAGCACCGGUGCCAAUGAGCGUGCGCAGAGCGCGUAAAACAAAACUGAAAAAACAGAGAACCACAGAAGACAUCGCGCAUCGCGUAAAGUUCUGUUUUCUCAGAUACUUGAUGAAAAUAAAAGUAUCCAUUGAUAUUACUGCGCAAUUGAGAGUGCUUCUAAUCAAUGCAAAGAACGUGCGCUGCUAUUAACAGUUUAAUUCAGCACAAGCCGAACGGCUGCUACUUUAAACGUAAACAAAUCCAAAACAAAAUUAAUAGUGGCCAAGCGACGGGGCAAACCAAUAACAAAACCAAAAGGUACCAUGAUAAAAAGAGAAAUGCAGCGCUAUUAUGCCGAACGUGAGACAACGGGACCCGAGUUUGACGAUCGCUUGAUAAAAUUGGUGCGCGCCAAUCCUGCCAUCUACGAUGUGAGUCAUCCACACUAUCGCCGCAAUCCCGUUAGAGUGGACAUAUGGGAUCGCAUUGCCAACGAGCUGGGCGCCUCCUCACGUUUUCUGCAAACGAAAUGGAAAAACAUACGCUACAAUUAUCUGCAAGAGAUAAAGGCACUGGAAACGGGACAGGUGAAUCCGAAUGUGCGCAAGCGACGCUUCACCGAGGAUCUAUCGUUUCUACAGAAUACCGCACAAACGUACAAUGUGAGAAAGGCACAAUCCUAUUUUGUUCAGACGGACAGGGACAGACAGAGCACGAAUACAAAUAACGGUGGCAGCAGCGACAACGAUAGCAACAGUUUUCUCUAUCCCGAUCCGGAGCAUUUGCGCAUCGAUCUAACGGAGAACUAUGACAUCAUUGAGCUGGACGAUAACAGUGAGGAUGGUGGCUCGGGGCAUGUGGACGGACACAGUGAUAAUGAGGUUGUGCCAGAGCUCAUGGUCAUGGAACCCAAACCAGAUGUCACCUUACAACAACAGCAACCGCUGCUCACUGCUGUCAAUGGUAACGGCAGCAACAGCAAUAGCCACAACAAUACGCAGGUCAACUCACCGGCCUCCUCGCCGCUCCUCAUGCCCAUGGUGGUCAUGGGCAACGGGGAUGAGGUGACACAUCAGGAUGAGCACAAUAACAAGGCGGAACAACAACAACACCAACAGCAGCAGCAACAGCAACAACAACAGUAUGGAAACAGUGCACUCUCGAAUGGCGAGGUGACCAUUGAGCCAAUUUACAAAGCAGCGCUCACAGCGAGACGCUGUGCACCCGUCAAGGAUAUUAUGGCGAAUGCGGCCAAGCGGAAGGCAAUGGCUGCUCCUCUGCCCAGAUUAGCGCCCAUCAAUGAUCCCAUCGAACUGUAUUGUUUAUCGCUGGUGGACACACUACGCAGCAUGCCCAGAUCGGAGAGGGAGCGUGUUAAAUUUGAGUUUGCCAACAUUUUGAAGGAUGCCAAGUACAAGGACGAGGCCUAAUCUCAACUCUCAACGCUCUGCCUCUGUCUGUUUUACUUGAUAUUUACACAUACGAACAAUUCUAAGUCACAUUAAAUGUAUUAUUUUUUACAUUCUAUGCAAAUUAUAAAGCAUUUUUCUAAGACGCUAUUUAGAC